CUAGAAGUACUGUAAGUGAAAGUGAAAGUAAAGUGUGAAACUCCACCACCCUUUUCCUCCGUUAUUUCUGGAACAGACGUCGUGUUACAUUCUGUGCGUUGCCAAAUUAGCCUUUCAACUGUUUUGGUUUAUGUUUCUAAACUCCUAAUAAUUUUAUUCACCAGUUACAAACAGCUUUACCUUGGAGUCAGACUUGUUUUGUUAGUGAAAUGAAGACCUUUCCGACCUCGGCGGUCUGGUGUUUUGGGAUUCUGUUCAUCAGUGCUUCAUUGAUAACGACAGGGUCGUCUGAGGUUCAGGUUGUUGGACCGGCUGACCGAGUUGAUGCCUUAGCUGGUGAUGACAUCAUUCUACCAUGUUCCCUGAAACCCAAUAUUAGUGCUAAGGACAUGCUAGUGCAGUGGACAGGAUUGUACCUGAAAACAAGAAACGUCCAUCUUUAUCGUCAAGGUCGAGACUCCAAUGAGGAUCAGUUUCCAUCCUACAGGGGAAGGACAUCAAUGUUUCAUGAAGAACUGAAGAACGGCAACGUCUCCUUAAAGCUGACCAGAGUUACUCUCUCUGAUGCUGGAAGCUACAGGUGCUUCCUUCCAACACUGACCAGCCAGGUGAAGGAAACCACUGUUCAACUCUUUGUUGGUGCUGUAUCUCAGCCAGUGAUCUCUAUUGUUGGAACUAAAGACUGGGGGGUGGUCCUGAAGUGUGAGUCUGGAGGCUGGUUUCCUGAACCUGAGAUGGAGUGGCUGGACAGUUCUGGAACCAUCCUCCCUGCUGAUGGACCUCCAGAGAGACACAGGGACUCAGAGGACCUCUACGCUCUGAGACGACAUGUCACUGUGGACCAGACUGACACCAACAGGUUCACCUGUAGAGUUCACCAGACGGAGAUCAAUCACCUGAAGGAGACAGAGAUUCAUGUCCCAGAUGACGUGUUUCCUAAAUCACACGUAGGGUUGAUUAUUGGUCUGUCAAUACUAUUAGCUGUUGUAGUUCUCGCAGCUUCAGCUGGUGUCUACAAGUGGAGAAAACAUACAGACAAGGUCACAAGAGAGAGGGAUGGACUCAAAGGAGAGCUGAUGGAGCUCAGAGAAGAGAACAACAAGCUCAAAAUAGAGACUGACAACGUCAAAAUGGAGAGGGAGGAGCUCAGAGAAGAGAACAACAAGCUCAAAAUAGAGACUGACAACGUCAAAAUGGAGAGGGAGAAGUUCAGAAAAGACAACGACAAGCUCAAAAUAGAGACUGUGGAGCUCAGAGAAGAGAACAACAAGCUCAAAAUAGAGACUGACAACGUCAAAAUGGAGAGGGAGGAGCUCAGAGAAGAGAACAACAAGCUCAAAAUAGAGACUGACAAGCUCAAAAUAGAGACUGACAACGUCAAAAUGGAGAGGGAGAAGUUCAGAAAAGACAACGACAAGCUCAAAAUAGAGACUGACAACGUCAAAAUGGAGAGGGAGAAGUUCAGAAAAGACAACGACAAGCUCAAAAUAGAGACUGACAACGUCAAAAUGGAGAGGGAGAAGUUCAGAAAAGACAACGACAAGCUCAAAAUAGAGACUGACAACGUCAAAAUGGAGAGGGAGAAGUUCAGAAAAGACAACGACAACGUCAAAAUGGAGAGGGAGAAGUUCAGAAAAGACAACGACAAGCUCAAAAUAGAGACUGACAACGUCAAAAUGGAGAGGGAGGAGCUCAGAGAAGAGAACAACAAGCUCAAAAUAGAGACUGACAACGUCAAAAUGGAGAGGGAGGAGCUCAGAGAAGAGAACAACAAGCUCAAAAUAGAGACUGACAACGUCAAAAUGGAGAGGGAGGAGCUCAGAGAAGAGAACAACAAGCUCAAAAUAGAGACUGACAACGUCAAAAUGGAGAGGGAGGAGCUCAGAGAAGAGAACAAGAAGCUGAAAAAAGACAAAGGAAAGCUGAAGAGACCAUCCAAUCCAAUCCAAUCUCCACCUCUCCAGGAGGUCAACAGGAAACAGACUCCUUCCCAAAAGUCUGAGGGGAUUGAAGGGAUGAAGCUGGAGUCUUUUCCUGCUCCUGAGAUGGAGACUUUACCUGAAGGAUGAUCUGGAGAAGUUGUGGGUGGAAGUUGAGUUUCUAUAGAGCUGAGUUACUAUAGAGAGACUAUAACUAUAGAGCUGAGUUACUAUAGAGAGACUAUAACUAUAGAGAGACUAUAACUAUAGAGAGACUAUAACUAU